UUUCAGUGGGUUGUGAUUGCAAAGGAAUCGCGAGCAAAUGCUGUAUCGUCAUUAUGUCUGCCACAAGACGAUUAAAGAAAGAGCUGGAAGAUGUCAAGCAAAUUGACAGCGAUAUAUCACCCUUUUUUUGCAAUGUUCAGGUGGAUGAGGCCAAUAUUCUGCACUGGGAAGGAAUUCUCGUACCAGACAAAGACCCGUAUGCCAGCAAGGGCUUGCGAAAGGGAUUUCGGAUAGAAAUGAAUUUUCCGCCCGAGUACCCUUUCAAGCCACCCAAGGUGCUGUUCAAGACGAAGAUCUAUCACCCGAACAUAAGCGAAGAGGGCCAGGUGUGUCUGCCGAUCAUCACAGCCGAGAACUGGAAGCCGGCCACGAAGGCGCACCAGAUCAUUCUGGCACUGAAGUCGCUGAUAGAGGAGCCGGAGCCAAGUGCCGGACCCCUGAGGGGAGAUGUGGCCGAAGUGUUCACCAAGAACAAAGACAAGUUCAACGCCACAGCACAAGAGUAUGUACAGAAAUAUGCCGAGCUAGUGCAGUCGCCUGAUUCUGCGGCCGCCGAGUAAAAUAAUUUGAAGUAGACAGUAGAAUUCGGAUGUUGGUGCGAGUGAUUGGGCGCAACAGCAACACACUGCUGAGCAUUUUGUGACUAUUUAUUUUAAAUUUUGUUUCAUAUAUAUUUCUGUGAUAUUGCGUUACAAAUUAUGACUAUGAAUUGAACCCUGAUUUCG